UAUUAGUAUUACUAUAAUAAUUAUUAUUUGAGGGAAACGUCUUUCACCUAAAAGCAUUGUGAGUGUAGAAGAGCUUUAAAUAAACGUUGAUUUUAAUGUCAUAAUUUCAACACUAUCUGAUGCCUAUUAGACAAUGUUAAAUGGUAAAAGGUUGAUUUAAGGUUGUUUUUCCAUCAUCAGUCUUAAAAGGUGUUAUGCAACAAAAAAUAACGUUGUUUCAAUGUGCCUUAUUUAUAUUAGGUUAUAAUAACUAAGAUAACUACUUUAUCUUAAGAACAUCAGCUCAAAAGUGAUUGCUAGCAUAACGGUGCGGGAUAUAAGCUGGGAUAUCCACAUAGUUUUGGAUUUUUAUAAAAGCUGGAUUUGAAUUGAUUAAGUUACCUUACAACCAAAAUAGCGUUUUUCCUUCACUCGUGGAGAUCAGUGGUGUUAGUUAAUAAUUUUAUGAAGCGAAUUUCUGUCAGAUCCUCCAAAACGAGCCGACCAGCCCGGUCCUCUUCUCUUAACCGUCGUCUUAACCCUAACCAGCGUUCCUACAUUCAGUAAUAAGGCGAAAAAAGAGCGCAGAUUGAUCAAAAACGCUGCAAUAAUGAUGUUAAUUCACUCCAGUAUCAGUAAAGCUGGCAAACUCGGUGUGUUCUCCCGCUGAACGCAGCGCUGAAUGAGCGUCGUGCUGAACUUGGCUUCGGUUUGGCUGCGGAUUAAACUCCGGAGUAAGCCCCGCCCUCGCUGCGGAAUUGACCAAUCCACGCGCGUGUUUCGAGAUGAUUGACGGGCUCUCCCUGGCAACGGUCGCCAGCGGCCGCUAGGCAGAUCCCGAGCAGAGCCCGAGCUCACAGCGCGGACUGCCCGAAGCGCCUUUUGUCUGCGGCUGAAACGGAGAGCAACUGGUGUUUAAGCGGCUAUAAUCAUUAAAUUGUGCAAAAUAACCAAUUAAACCAGUGAGAUAUCCGGGUAAAAGUGUCUAAUUUUAAGCGCAGAGCCUAUAUAAGCCCGACUUUCUCGUCUAACCGUCCGUUUUCAUCCGUUUUCGCUCGUUUUCUCUCAGAAACGUCUGUAUAUUUACAUUCAGCCAAGCAUCUUCCCAGUCCUUCCCCACCUACAAAACCAAACCAGCCCCAGUGAACGCCUGUCGAUGCUUUCCGAGCUGUAGCAGAGUCUCCCUGUGUUUUUUCUAGCCUAAUGCAGUCGGGUUUGUUAUGUAGGUCAGGCCAGGCUUAAGCAGCUUUACUGAACCUGCGUCAGCUUAAGCUGAAAGGAAUUUCAGCAAAGCCCUCCCCGGUAGGCGUGGGCCUAAUCGAGGCUGGCCUAGUUAAGCCUGAUUCUUUUUCUUAACGUCCCUCUCUCUGUGUGUGAGUGAGUGAGUGAGUGGAGAGAGUGUGUGUAUGAGUGUGUGUGUUGUGUAACAGAACCAAGCAGUGCAGCGCAGGGCUGCUUGCACAUGUGUGAGUGUUUUCAAGAGAGAAAGAGACAGAUAGACAGACAGAUUUGACAGAAGAAAGAAAGAAAGAUAGAGAGGGGAAAGGAAGCUAAGCAGAGCCUAGAGCAAGUCAAGACCAGCCUAGAGCCAAAAUGUCUGCUUUGUUCAUGACUAGCAGCAUGGUUGGCAAGGCGCGCUCCUCAAACUUCACCCUGUCCGAGAAGCUGGACCUGCUGCGCCUGGUCCAGCCCCACAUCCGCAUUUUGGAGGAGCACACCAACAAGCAUGCUGUGAUUGUGGACAAGAACCGCUGCUGGGAGAGCAUAGCCGAACGAUACAACAGCCUAGGAGGCGAAAGGCCGCCCAGGACGGCUCAGGGGCUUCGGACACUCUACAAGAGACUCAAGGAGAGUGCCAAGCAGGAAGUGGUCCAGCGCAGCCACGCCCAGCCCGAGUACAGGGGCAGCAUCUCGGAACCCACCAAGCGCAUCAUGGAGAUGAUCCCACAUCUGUUUCACGCAGGGGAUAAAGAGCACAACAGCCUGCACAGGUUGCAGUACAAGAUAAGUUCACCAAUAGAGCAGCCUGGCAGCAGUUCAUCCCUUCCCGCUAUGUCAGAUUACGCACCGGUUGCAAUGGCAGUCAGGGUGGAGUCCGAAGACGUCAAACCACCACCCGAUCUCCCGAUGCACGUAUCCCGUGAUUCACCUGUAACAAUAACCACCCCACGCAGUCAGGACCCUAUAGGACCGACGGAGAACGAGGUCGAGGAAGAGGAAGAGGAUGAAGAACUCGUUUCGCAUGUUUAUGCAGCCUCCCUUUCACCCUGCCCCUCUUCUGUUCACCUUCCACUGUCACCUUCAGCAGCCCCCCCGAGGCGGAACCUCUACCAGAGGGCAGGAGUUCCAUUCAGGAACCCGGUUCUGGAAGCGGAGUCGUUGCAGAUGAUGCGAGAAGAACACGAGCUGCUCCUGGCCAAUCACAGGAAGCUUGGGCUGUAUCUAGAGGAAAAGAGAGAGGGACUAAAAAGAAAGCAGCAGUUAGAGGAGGAGCUCCUGAGGUCUAAGGUCAAAGUGGAGAAACUGAGGGCGGCUCGACUGCGGCACGGACUGCCGCUAAUGUGACGAAUGCACAGAAUGUGGUGUAAAGGGAAUAAACCCUCCAGACGUGUGUCAUCAAAUGACCAUCUUCUGCUCCAGUGAAAGGACUUUUGUUAUUGUACAGUUUUUAUACAUUUUCUUAUUCUUAUUCUUAUUCAUUAAAAACAAAACUAAAUCCGUUGUUAUGUGUCUGUGUAUACGACAGUGGACAGAGUUUAGUUCUGUUUCACUUCCUGUAAUAAAUGGAUAUUUGUUUUUUUAUUA